UAACCGAAACAUCAACAUUGAGUGCUUCUCCGCGGAUAUUACCUGGAUUUUCGAAAAGCCGAAACCUGGUCAGCCGCCAUUGGGUUACCUCGUUGUGGUCAAUUGAAAUUCGUACUUUUCGAUAACACUUAAUUCUAUCAACCUACAUUACAUCAAUAUGAUGAGACCACGGGUUCUCGGCGCAGGAGUGGGUGUCAUUGCCUCUCUGGCAACAGCAGCCCUAUUAGCUCUUGAGGCUAUAGUGGCCCAGGGAUUCUGGACGUUGGAUUCCCCAGUCAAAUACGCUGCAGUCGUCGCAGCAGCAUUUCAAGCAUUAAUGCUCAUAAUACUGACCAUUCUAAUUGCUACAUGUCUUGGAAGAGUAACGGAGUUUGGUGCAAGGAAAAAUAAUGGUGUUUGGUUUGCGAUGGGCCUAAUGGCAAGUUUGUUGUCGUCUGCUGCAUCUGCCGUGAUGUUAGCAUUAAUGGGAAAGGCGGAAGAUUCGCCAAAAACCUUGGCUCAAAUUCCAUCGGGGAACUGCCUCAUCGGAUCUUCUAUCGCACUCGUCGCUGCUUUUGUGGCGCAGCUCAUCUUCAUCGUUGUCUAUUUUGUCGUUCAUCGGUUACCUGACUCGGAGCAAGCCCUAUCCCUUCACACUAAUGAGGACUGCUCCCGAUCGCCAGCAGUACAUGUGAAGUCCAUCCCUUACAGCCGAACAACGCCUGCCACGAGUCAAAUCAACAUGAACAAAGAACGAUCGUUAUUCAAUGGCUCUAGUCGACCUGGCUCAAGUAGUGGCCGCUCAAUGGCCGAGACCAUGAGUUCCAUACGCACUUCUCUUUCUCACUCUGUACGCCCAUCUGGAUCCAAGACAAGGUUGCUAUCCACUAGUUCGAGGACUAGACGCCGCCCUGCUUCCAUCGAUUCCAAUAGUUAUCGCGAGCGACCAAGUGUGACGGAAGAUAGCUUCGAUUCUUGGGAUACUUCCUCGGUCGACCCUCAAAAUCGGCAAAUAGUAGUAGAUACUACUAGCCCGCCGCUUCGUGCUCGCUUCUUGGAAACAAUUCCUGCCAGCCCAACAACGAGUAGAAGUCCGAGCCCUGGAUGUCCUCUGGAUCUCGUGCCCCCUAAACGUAAUCGCCGAAGUCGAAGUUACAGUCCCCUACCCAGAGCCCAACAACAUGAACGCAGCUUAACGCCACAGUCUUCACCAGGCGAGUCGCAUAUUCACCCCCUUUUCCGAUCCGAUUCCCCAGCACCCCCGGCAGCUACCCCGGGUACCAUGGUCAUCGCAGCGCCCAAUGCUGGGCAGACAAUUUCGGAGAAGUCUCUUACUCGGAUGCGCAGCGGUAGUCUUCCUACCGGACCGGGACCCCUAAGCCGACAAGGAAGCUAUGAUAGCUUCCGGAAAUCGCCCAGUCCCAACCCCGAACUUCUUCAUGCAGAAGAAUUAGCUGGUGAGAGGAAGAUGACGCCCCCAAUCCCCGAAUGGAUUCUAAGUGCUGGUUCAACCACAAGCUUGGCCGAGUACCAAGCUAGACGGUUACGAGAACAGAGUUCGGCAGAAGAUAUGGGAAGCGUUCACUCAUAAGGGGAUGGGUACGAAUGACGAAUGAAUAUGACUCGUGAAUUGUUUUCUUACUAUUUCUCGAGGGGUGGCAGGCCUUGGGAAACGGACUUGGGAAUUUUUGGAUUAGGGGUUUACUUGGAAAGAUACCAUUGUCAUUUAGCGCGGCGUUGAACUACGUUCUCAGCCUCGGAUAA